AUGGUAAAAGCCAGGAAUAAUUUUAAAAAAUCGCCAAAGGAGCGUCUGACACAAGCGUACUGUCAAACUAGAUUAGAGUCUUUGGAGAUGUUAUGGUCCGAUUUUUCUAGAACUCACAAAUCUUUAGUAAAAACUUAUGGGUCUAAAUUAAGAGAGCAAGAUUAUUAUAAAAAAGAUUUUUAUGAACAAACAGAAGAAUUGUUUAUUGAGUAUAAAACUGAAAUUAAACAAAAACUUAAUUCAGUGCCUAGUAAUUUGGAUCAAACUUAUAAUGUAAAUAAAUCUGAAAGGUUAAAUACAGAAUCAUUUAAGUUGCCGAAGAUUGUGAUUCCUAACUUUUCGGGAAAAUAUACGGAGUGGAUCACAUUUAGGGACUUAUUUUUAUCAUUAAUUCAUAAUAAUUCUAGAUUAGACAAGGUACAAAAGAUGCAUUAUUUAAAAAGUUCCUUAAUUGGUGAAGCAGAACAGUUACUUCGACAAAUUCCAAUAUCUGAGGCUAAUUAUGAUAGGUGUUGGGAACAAUUAAAAUCAAGGUAUGAUAACAAAAGAUAUCUGUCACAUUUUAUUCUUAAAAGAUUGUUGAGUCAGAGAAAUUUAACUGUAGAGUCAUCAAGUAGUUUAAAGGAAUUAAUUGAUACAACAAAUGAUUGCUUAAGUGGUUUACAAAAUCUUGGAAUAGACGUUAGUAGUUGGGAUAUUAUUAUUAUACACAUUAUUUGCUUAAAGCUUGAUCCAGAAUCUAGAAAACAGUGGGAAUUUAAUAUUACUAGUAGCACUCAAUCUGAAGAUCUGCCGACCUUAGAUCAGUUUAAGGAGUUUUUAACUAAUAGGUAUAGGGCACUUGAAUUUUUGGAUACUAAAGUUGUAUCAAAUAAGUACCAGUCAAGUACCAAUAAAAAUAGUAAUGUUGUUCAGUUUAAGAGUCUUCAUGUAACCAAGUAUCAAUGUGUAUUUUGUUCUGAUAAUCACAAAUUGAGUUCUUGUAAAAAAUUUAUAAAUCGAACUGUUGACCAACGUCGCGAUUUCGUAAAAAUAAAUAAUUUGUGCUAUAAUUGUUUAGGAGCAAAUCAUGGGGUGAAAACGUGUACAUCGAGUAAAUGUAACUUAUGUCAUCGGCGUCAUCAUUCACUUCUUCAUCCAAAAGGUGUUGAUAUCGGGAAAUCUAGUGUUGUGCAGGUUGAAUCUGAGGUAGCGCAAGGUUCAUUUCAGGGAUCAGGGCUUAAUAAGGAGACAGGUAAGGCUGAAAAUUCUUCGGCUUUUGUGGCUUGUAAUUUUUCGGCAGGGAAAAAGAAACAAGUAUUGUUAGCAACGGCGCUAGUCAAUGCUGUGUCAAAGAAUGGACAAAAUCAUGUAUUGAGAGUUUUAUUGGAUCAGGGCUCUCAGGGUAAUUUUGUGACUGAAGCUACAGUCAAUGAUUUAAAAUUAAGACGGACACCUAUUCGAGGUCAUAUUACAGGAGUAGGGGGAGAUAGGGAGAUAAUGUCCAAAGCAGUAGUUACUUUGAAUAUUAAAUCUAGGUUUGAUUCCAAUUCAGUAUUCACAGUGCAAGCUUAUGUUCUGAAAUCCAUUACAUCUUUUCUUCCGGGGAGGAAAGUGGAUAAAUUGGAGUUUCCAGAAUUUGAAGGAAUCGAAUUGGCGGAUCCUGAAUACAAUCGGCCUAAUCGAAUAGAUGUGUUAUUAGGUGCAGAAUUGUAUAGUCAGAUUAUCCAAGAAGGUAUACGCAAAGAGCCCAGCGGUUCAAUAGUAGCUCAAUCUACGAGCUUAGGUUGGAUUUUGUCAGGGGCUUUGCAGUCAUCAAAUAUUUAUACAGGUGUAGUGGCAUUACAUUGUCAACUGCAAGAGGGAGAUGAAAUUUUAAAGAGGUUUUGGGAAAUAGAAAAUGGAAUAAGCCUAACGAAAGAAGAAAGUUAUACAGAGGAGGAGAAAAAAUGUGAAAAAUAUUUCAUUGAAACUACAAGUAGGGAUGAAACUGGAAGAUACGUAGUAAGAUUACCUUUUAAAACAGAUAAUCCUAUGUGUAUAAAGGGAGAAUCUAGAUCAAUAGCAGAGAAAAGACUGAAAGGAUUAAUGAAGAGAUUUGAAAAGGAUAAACAGCUACAAGCUAAUUAUAAAGCAGUGAUGGAUGAGUAUUUACAGAUGAACCAUAUGAUUGAAGUCGAAAAAACGGAUAGUAAAAGGGAAAGUGCACUCUAUUUAGCUCAUCAUCCGGUUAUUCGUGAAGACAAGAAAACGACCAAACUGAGAAUUGUUUUCAAUGCUUCUCAAGCAGGCACAAAUGGAGUGGCACUAAAUGAUGAACUUCUUGUUGGACCUUCAAUACAACCAGACUUGCGACAUUUAGUUAUACAAUGGAGGUUGUCUAGAAUUUGUUUGACUGCAGACAUUAUUAAAAUGUAUCGACAAAUUAAGGUUCAUGAGGAAGAUACCGAUUUCCAAAGGUUAUUAUGGAUUGAUGCUGAAAGCCAAGAAGUCAAAGACUAUAAGCUUCUUCGAGUCACAUUUGGCACAGCAUCGGCUCCAUUUUUGGCUGUACGGACUCUCCAGCAAAUAGCAAUAGACGAAGGUCACAAGUAUUCGUUGGCUGCUGAAAAGGUUCGUUCAAGUUUCUAUAUGGACGAUUUGAUGUGUGGAUGUGAAACAGUAACUGAAGGAAUAGAAAUUUAUAAGCAGAUGAAAGGAUUGUCAAAAGAAGGCGGAUUUUAA